AUGGCUGACACCCAAGAAAGCCAAAAACAGCUGAACUCGUAUCUUGAAACCCGCUUCAAUCCCGACGUUCCUCCCAUCGACCCACAUACCAAUGCCAUUGAUGUACAAAUUGCCAUUGGGCCAGUGCAGGUUCAGGAUCUGGUUGAUGCUACCCAAGUACUUAAAUGCAGAGUGUUUGUGGUGAUGAGUUGGAAGGACACAUCACUUGCCUGGAAUGCGUCGGACUACCCCAACGUUGUUCAGACAGAAAUCGCUCCACAUAAAGCUUGGUCUCCUAAUGUGAUGUUGUUAAAUGCAGCGUUUGGUGAUGGUCCUUUAUCGACAACGAUGCCCAUCACAUUAGUCAUGGAUGGUUCUCUGUAUUGGCAGAACAUAAUCAUGGUGUAUACAAUCUCAAGCUCCGGAGAAAAGAUGGGCUACCUCAUGGCUGUCUUUGUCUCGAACGCUCUCUUCCUGAGCCUCAUCCACGACACUAUGCCAUCAACCUCUGAUUCUGUUUCUAACCUCUCUAUCUACCAGGUGGCUAUCCACAUGCAAGGCUUUCUCGCCAUCGCUGCCACCAUCUUGGUUCAGAACAUCUACCACCGACAGCAGAAAACUAUGGAGGAAGGUGCGCAUCUUAUUGUGUCUUCUCCUGGCUUAGAAGCUGUACUGAUAGAGCAACAUGACCCAUUUCAAGGUUUGCAAGUCUGA